AUGGAAGAGGGUAAACGUGUUUUUCAUGAAAAUAUAAUUUCAGAGGUUCCUGAUUUAGCUAUUUAUAUACCAAAUUUUAUUACACAAAAGGAAGAGGAUGAGAUAGUGAAACAUGUUAAUAAAGCUCCUCUGCCAAAGUGGACACAAUUAAGUCAUCGCAGAUUGCAAAACUGGGGUGGUAUUCCACAUCCAAAAGGCAUGAUAGCAGAAGAAAUACCAGGUUGGCUACAAAAAUAUAUUAACCAAGUAUCAUCCUAUAAUGUAUUUGAAAAAGAGAAGUUACCUAAUCAUGUUUUAAUUAAUGAAUAUCUACCUGGUCAAGGAAUAAUGGCACAUUCAGAUGGCCCACUUUUUCACCCUAUUGUAACAACCAUUAGUUGUGGCUCACAUACACUCCUAGAUUUUUAUAAACGAGUCAACAGUACAGAGCAACAUCAACCUGAUUUAAAGUUUAGUUUCCUCUUAGAGCGCAGAAGUCUGUUUAUUCUCCAAGGCGAUUUAUAUCAUAAUUAUUUGCAUUCAAUAGCAGAGACUGAUACAGAUGUUGUUACAAAGUCUGUGAUAAAAAAUUUAAAUAUAUGUGGAGAAAGGUUUUCAGAAGGACAAACGUUAAAACGGGGAAUUAGAUUGUCUUUAACCAUAAGGCAUGUUCCAAAAACUAGCAAAUUAAAAUUAAAAAUUGGAUAG